AUGUCAACGCGACACGAACGAUUUCGGGCCGCGGGCCCUAGAAUGGCGACUCUAUCUCAUGCCAUUACUACAACGGCCGUAUCUUCAGGCGAAGAGCAUGCGCGAAUUGUUCUGAACUUGGGCGAGCCUCAUCGUCCCGCGAUACUUAUGACUUCGAGUGGGUCCUCUUCAGGGAUUCCAUCUUCCACAGGUACGGACUCAGGUUACGCGUCUAUGACUAAUGGGAGUCCGAGAAGCUUCUACAAAGGAUCUAUUGAAGGGAUCGCUAUUCCAGGAAGCAAGUUAUGGUCCCAGAAAGUCAAGCUCAAAGUGUUCUCCAAGCCACUGUCAGAGGCAGCGGAGAACCGUUUCGCAGACUUAAUGGAAUUCAUCCCCAAAGGUCUCGAGGAAUACAUAUCAAGAGCACGACUCGCAGUCAAACCUUAUUCAAUCAUUCUAAAGGUUCUAGGAGAAGACGAGGCUACUGCGAAACCUUGGAUCUUUAUACAAUGUGACAAGGCUCUGACUAGGAAGACCAAACAAUUCUUCAAGCAAGACCAUAUCAAAUCCGAAUAUCAUCCGACUUCGAACGACGAACUCCAGCCACCAUUUCGGGUCUUCUUGUGUGAACGACCUCCGAGGAAAAUAGCAGCAACAGACACAGUUGAUGUUUACGCCAAAUCUCACUUCGGGCUGGCAUCAUCUUCUGCUUUCAAAGUCAUAGAUCCCAGUGGAAGCUCAAGGAUUGGCACACUUGGAGGUCUGAUCAAGAUCACAGCAGGAGACGGCAACUUCAAUCUUUUUGGAAUGACGGCUGGGCACAUCUUUGCAAGUGAUGACUUCUUGGACGACGAAUCUGAACUAUACGAGUCGACGGAUGAAGACACUGAUGAGGAUGAAAAUUCUUCAACAGACGACGAAGAGGUUGUUGAGUUAGAUCUUGGAUCUCUCGGCGAUGGUGAAUAUAUUUCGAGCCAGGACGAGAAGAUCGAGACGGGUACGGGGCUCGAAGAUGAUGAUAUGCCUACGCUCUCUUGGACAAAAAUGGGACGGCUUCAGGAUAUGUCAGCCAAUACCAUCGACAAUGGGAUGAAUUUGGACUGGGCUCUAAUCACCAUUGAUGACCUUCUGCUAUACCGUGGCAUAACUGAUACUGAUCCCAUCCACAAAAUGCAGGAGAAUGCAGAGCUCAAAGAACCACUCGAAUUGCCAAAUCAACGUCGUUCCAGCCAGGCCGUCACUCUCUGCGGUGGCACCAGCGGCACCAAGGAGGGCAUACUCUCUGCUUCAUGGUCAUAUCUUCAACUCUCGCCUGGGAAGGCUUUGGUCAGGACAUAUACCCUUACUUUAUCAGAUCAUACAGAAUUGCGAGACGGUGACUGCGGGGCAUGGGUUGUAGAUAAAACGACCCAUGAGCUUUACGGACAUGUUGUUGCAUCAGGCGUAUUUGGAGAGGCCUAUGUCGUACCACUUGAUUGUUCGUUUGAGAAUAUACGACUUCAAUUAGGAGCUAAAUCUGUUUGCCUUCCACAACCGCAAGAGGUAAUACUCUGGCUUCAACGAGUCAUUGAGACCAGAGAGAGGAUUCGAGAGCGAUCUCCAUCACCAUGGCGCGUCGUUAGGCGGGAAGGACGCCCACCGUCACCACCACAGGUCGACAGAGUUCGUAUUCACAACAUUCACCGAGAGGAAGUCGGACAACCAAGUCUAGAACACUCGCCAUCACCACCUAUUCGCGCUCCUCCCAUCCACCAGGAAAUCAUCACCCAUCACCUACACAUCGAUCAUGGCUUUGAACGUGCUCCUGUCCCGGCCCCGCCCCCACCACCUCAUCGCACAGAGCCUCGGACAAAGGAAACAGACAUCAAUAUCUAUACCUCUCGGAAUAAUACUGAAGUCGAUAUUACUCGGAAGGAAACACAAUUGCCUGCACCUUGGCCUAGCAUCUUGACCCGCCGCGACACUUUUUAUGAUGAUUCUGUAAUAUAUGAGCAAGAGCAAGACAAAUUACGUGUCCGAGACACCCGACUUAAUGUUGAUCGACGUAGCAGUCUAAGUGCACGACCCGAGCAAAGGGAGGAAGAAAAUGUUCGAAUUGAUGUCAGAGAAUCUGGUCGUGAUCUUGGCACAGACGAGGAAGAAGCGGCUUACUACGAACGAAAAGCAAAUGAGCGGGCAUUUAUCGGAGAGGCAUACGAUGGUGCUACAAAGCACUGGACUAUUGUCGAUGUGCCACCUGGAACUGAGCGUGUGCAGAUGGAUGGCAUUGGUGGUGGCGUCCAAGAUAUUACAUGGCAGAAGUAUUACGGUGUCCGCAGAAGCAGAUUCCUCCCCGAACGCGAGCGCGAGAGAGACCGAGUUGAGGAGAAGGUAGAGAUUCGAGAGAACACAAGACCAAGCGAAUCUUCUACUAAUCUAGAAACCGACAUCUCGAGAGGGCCAAGACGGGAGAAGGAACCCGUUUAUGAGGGAUAUGAGGAGAGAAUCGAGGAGACUAGCAAUCUUCAAAUUUUAUUUCCUCAAGCUCCGCCAAAACAGAGAAUAGGAGACCUCUGGACUGAAAUCACCAAGGACCUGGUUACGCGGGAAGCUAUCGAGGAGCUUGGAUAUAAUUACGAGGAGACGGAAUUCUUCUUCUAUAUACUACAGUAUCUUCAAUACGAGGACGUUGUCGAACUAGUACAACUCUCCGAAGGAAUCCGCCGCGAGCGUGGCUAUCGUAUCCGAGAAAUUCAUCGCUUCCGAGAAAUCGAGAACGAGCGCAAGAAACUGGAACGUAGAGAACGCGAACGAGACGAUUAUAUAAACGAACAAAUUAUUAAAUAA